AUGUUCAACCGUCCGGUCGCUCGCUCGGCCGUCAAGGCACUCCGUGCAACAACCCGCCCAGCAACACACUCAACAUUCACCCGCCCACUCUCCUACACCAUAGCCCGCGCCAAUAAGAAAAAUGACCCGAAGAACGACCCAAUUCUCUCCGCAACCACAAAGGCCCCCGAGGGCGCCUCCGGUGAACAUGAGGGUCAAUUCGCUCGUACCGACGAGAACGUCCAGAUCGAGUAUCCGCCCGACAGCGAGAUGCCCGCCCAGCCCGUUGUUCAGGGCCGCGGCGGCAUGCAUUUCAAGCGCACCCUAGCCCAAUUCUCCCUCGAGAGUAAGGUCAGCAUGGUGACGGGUGGUGCGCGUGGUUUGGGUCUAGUUAUGGGGCAGGGCUUGGUGGCCUCGGGCUCGGAUUUGGCUAUCGUUGAUCUAAACAAGGCCGAGGCCGAAGAGCAGGCUCAGAAGCUUGUCGAGCAGUUCCGCAAAGAGAACCCGGGUCUGGAGGAAAUGCCCAAUGUCACAGCCCACUACGCCGACGUCGCAAACCCAGACUCCGUCAACGAAGCCCUCGCCGAAGUCCUAGCCAAACACAAGCGCAUCGAUAACCUUGUCACAUCUGCCGGCUUCACCGAAAACUUCGACGCGAUCAGCUACCCAUUCGAUCGCAUGAAGAAGCUCUGGGGCGUUAAUGUUGACGGCACAUACCUAUUCGCCACGGGCGUGGCCAAGCACCUGAUGGAGCGCAAUGCACCCGGCAGCAUUGUCAUGAUUGGAUCCAUGUCCGGCUCGAUCGUUAACGUUCCCCAGCCCCAGGCGCCGUAUAAUGCGGCCAAGGCUGCGGUGCGUCAUCUGGCGGCGUCACUGGCUGUGGAAUGGGCGGGUCAUGAUAUUCGUGUUAACUGUAUCAGCCCUGGCUAUAUGUUGACUGCUCUCACCCGCAAGAUCCUCGACGAGAACCCCCAGCUCCGCGAUAAGUGGACCUCUCUCAUCCCCGUUGGAAAGAUGGGAACGCCCGAGGACCUGAUGGGCGCUGUUACCUUCCUGCUUAGCGAUGCUUCGAAGUACAUCACGGGUGCAGAUCUCCGUGUCGACGGUGGAUACACCCUAACCUAG